CGACGAGGCUGUGCAGACAGUUCUGUUGAGGUGCUCGUUGCGUGCAGUGUCGUUGCGGGUUUUCUGUCGAUGUGUUCUAACUAGGUUUGGAGGGAAAGUGCCAUAUCUUCUAGAGAGAUGAAACCUUCGCCAGUGAAAGUUAACGACUGCUGGCAAGGUCCUUCUGCUUGAAGAAGUAAGUGCACGUCCAGAGCGUGGGACGAUCGAACGGCACUUGCACGUCAUACGGCCCUCAUGUGAAGGUACUCUCCGUAGAUAGCCAGCGCACGACGCCGCCCUAAAGUCUCACGGAUUCACGUUUCAUCUCCGCCCUAGUGACGUUUUAGCAGUUUGCGGCUUUUCUAAGCCCACCCUAGAGUAUAUUGCCUCCGAUGGACAGGACUGGCCACGCAUGAUAACACUGUAACGUUAGAAAUAGCGUAUGGGGCUGGCGGCUUGAGCCUACUCGAGCAAACUGGUCAAUAUCUGUGUCGGCGACGUUUAGUGCAGACAAUUUGUCCAGAGGCACCACUUUUUCCAUACUGUAGAUGUAAGUCAGAGAUAGAUCACAGCUCAUGCUGGACUGUAUUUCCCGUAUGCAUCCGGCUUCUAAAAGCCUAGCCAGUAGACAGACUCGCUGCAAAGGUGUGUAAGGUUGAUAACAGGCGGGGGCUGAGUUAGCCGAUGUGGGUGAGGUGAACAACAUCGUUAACUGCGAGGUACAAUUUCCUCCAAAUCUCUCGCUAGGACUGAAGCUCCAAGAUUAAUUAGCGUUUUUCUGAGAGCCUUGCCCGUGGCUUUUGUGAGCUCGAGUCUGCUAAAGCCUGGUCAGUGCUGAAUAGGACUAUUGACAUCAUGUAGAAAAGCGCCGAGUUGCCAAUGUUUUGUACUCACGGACUUCACUUGCAGGCAGUUUGAAAGCGACAAGAAAAAUCAAGUCCCUUCAAUAUUGUACCUUCUGGCAAGUUCCAAAUUCCUAGCUUCUAAAACAAUUAAAUCAUUUGUGAUUCUAGUUGUAGAACUGUUGUGUAGAUAGACACAAUAAUACGUCGAGUUGCCGCCGGCAAAGAUGAACGAGACUUCCCCAGUAAACGAGAGCGGGAUGGAGCCGUGGUUCACGUUCCCGGAGCACAAGCUCUCUCCGGAGGCCAUCGCCAUCUACUCCGUCUGCUACACCCUGGUGUUCCUCGGCUCCGUGGUCGGGAACCUGCUGGUGGUAGUGGUCAUCGGCAGGACGAGACGGAUGUGGGGGGUCACCAACUUCUUCAUCUUCAACCUGGCGGUCAGCGAUCUCCUUAUCGCAGUCUUCUGUAUGCCCUUCACGCUGGUCAACCACAUCUUCAUCGAAAAUAUGGUGGGAGACUUCAUGUGCCGAGUACAGAGACUGGCCCAGGGAUUGUCGGUGGCGUCUUCUGUCUUCACUCUGACGGCUAUAGCGGUGGAUCGACACAGGGUGAUUCUCCAUCCCGAGAAGACCCGGAUGUCCAACCGACAGGCGAUCAUGGUGAUCGUUGGCUCGUGGACGGCGGCAGCCAUCAUCAUGAUCCCCCAGCUAGUCGUCUGCUACGAGAAAGAAGAAAAGAUCGCCGAAGUCACCUUCCUGAUCUGUGGCGAGUUCUGGCCGUCGAAGAGCUCACAGAAGGGUUACACUGCGGCUCUCUUUGUCCUUUGCUAUCUGGCCCCCCUUUUGAUCAUCACUGUGUUGUACUAUAAGAUUGCCAUGCGGGUUUGGUUCAAGCCCAGACCGGGAGAGUCCAACGGUAGCAACAGAAGCACGUCCAGUAGGCAGGCUUGUCUUGGGAGCGUGACUGAGCGGAGAGGGCGCGUGGUGAGGAUGGUGAUCACCAUGGUGAUGGUGUUCGCGCUAACAUGGCUGCCUCUGUACAUCUGUUGGCUCGUGGAGGACUUCGGGAGUCUGUCCCAGAUGCAGAUCUACUCGCUCCACCACUACGGCUAUCCCAUCGUGCAUCUGAUCGCCUUCUCCAACAGCUGUAUCGACCCGCUUGUCUACGGCAUCUUCACGGCAAACUUCCGGCAGAUCUUCAACCGAGGCGGGCGGGGUGCCCGUGGCGGAGCCGGGAACAUUCGCGCCACCCACCCGACCGGCCCGGACUUCGCCAUCUCUCCGCCUAGCCAAGGCUCCAACUUCCGGUGGAACCUCUUCGCCGGAAAUGCAAGGCAUGUCGGGAGCACGCCGAGUAACAAGCCCUCCACUGGUGGAUACUCGACAGCUCGCACCUCCCCAGAUUUCAACGCUGCCACCAGUUUUAGCCUGUUCACCAUGAACCCUAGCCCGCUCAGCGCGAAGAACAACGACAUAGAUCUCGACGUGUUUCUCCCGCGAGUAGAAACCGCAGAAUCUGUCAGCAACCUGGUGUGAAGCAUCGAAAAAGGGGUAGUCGGCCACGCCAUCUAUCAGGAUGCUAUGGAACUGCAUUGAACGAAUGUACAAUUAUUUCAAAGCAUAUGGGAAGCAAAAUACAACUCUAAGAUGACGUUCGAAAUGAUGCAUGUCAAAAUUGUCCACUUACAACGUGAGUGACUGGAUAUAGAUGUAAUGCUACUUACAGUGCUAGAUUAAUUUAAGGCCGUCUUUGGAAGAGGUGGUUUUGUUGGAAGUUAUUUCGCGUUGAAGGACCGGUCACACGAGUGCGUAUAAGACCGUAUGAGUUCCGU